AUGGCAGAUGAAGGAUACAAUGUUCUGCUUAUAACUGAUCCGAAAGAAAUUGUCAAGUUUUGCAAUCCAAAUAAAAAAACAUUGUUUGUAAUGGAUGACUUUUGUGGAACAUAUUCUAUAAAUAAGUCUGAGCUUGAGAAUUGGAAAUCAGUCAUUGAACCUGUUACAAAAUUGAUGGAUAAUCAAUUCACAAAAAUGAUUGUGGCAUGUCGACUACAAGUGUAUCAGGAUGAGAAAUUUGAAUCAUUAUCAUUGUUCAGUAAAUGUGUAUGUAACCUUCAGUCAGAACAUUUGUGUUUGUCCAAGACAGAGAAAACAUCAAUAGCAGAAUUAUAUUUGGAAACAAAAACUUCAGAGAUUAUAGAGUACUGCGAUUUAUAUGAUUGUUUUCCACUUCUCUGUAAGUUGUAUAAAGAUCAUCCUGAGCUCAAUAUUACAGAUUUCUUCCAAAAUCCGUUUUCAGUGUAUAAAGCAGAGAUCGACAAAUUGCAGAAGAAGGGACAUUUUGGGAAAUGCUGUGCGUUGGCUCUGUGUGUCAUGUCCAAUAACAAGUUGAAGGAGGACUGGAUGAUUGAUGAGACCAAUAGUAAAUUUAGAACAAUCAUAGAGAACACUUGUCAAGCAUGUAGAUUGGACAGAUAUACUUCUCCACUUAUCUUAGUUGAUGAACUAAACUCACUGCAAUAUACUUUCAUAAAACAGGAAGAAGGUGUAUACAAAACUAUACAUGAUAAAAUAUUCGACUUCCUGACUUUUUAUUUUGGACAAAAAAUGAUAAUAUGCUUGAUCAGACAUGCACACAGUGAGGUUAUUAUGCAGAGAUUUUUAUUAGAAGAACAAAUUAAUAUGGAUCAGUUUAUCACUAUUGUACCACCUAAAUACCAUCAGAUGUACAUACAGAGACUGAUUGAUGACUGGUCUAUAAGACAAGUACGGACUGUGUUUAAUAACAUCAACAUGAAGAUAACACAGUUUAGAAAGAGACUUCUAAGUCAUUUAAUUACACUUGAUAAAUCAUUCCAAAAACAAUUAGCACUUACUUGUGAUGUUGCAUCAAACGAUAAUGUACUGUUACAUUGUUGUCUGUAUGCUGAUAUUCCUUUGAUUCAGUGGUGCUUUCAUCAUGGGAUUGAUGUUAACCAGUGUAACUUGGAGGGUGUGAAUCCUUUGAUUGGAUCAGCAUAUGAAGGUCAUACAGAGGUAGUGAAGUUAUUACUUGACUGCAAUGCAGACAUUAACAAAAAUUCAAUAAAUGGAACAUCUCCGUUGUAUGCUGCUUGUCAAGAAAAUAAUAUAGAGACAGUAAAGGUACUACUAGACAACAAUGCAGACAUUGAUCAUUGUACAGACAAAAAAGCAUCUGCUUUGUAUAUUGCAUGUGCAAGAAAUCAUGUUGAAGUAGUAAAGGCAUUACUGGAUAAAAAGGCAGACAUUAAUAAGUGUGUAGAUGAUGAAGCAUCUCCUUUGUUUGCUGCUUGUCAAGAUAAGCAUAUAGAGACAGUAAAGGUAUUACUGGAUUACAAUGCAGAAAUUGAUAAAAGUGUAAAUAAUGGAGUAUCUCCUUUGUAUAUGGCUUGCCAGAAUAAUGAUAUUGAAACAGUAAAGUUAUUACUGGAUCACAAUGCAGACAUUAAUAAAUGUAGAGAUAAUGGAGCUUUUCCUUUGUUUAUUGCUUGUCAGGAUAAUCAAAUUGAAAUAGUAAAUUUAUUACUCGAUAACAAUGCAGACAUAAAUAAGUGUAUGGAUAAUGGAGCAUCCCCUCUGUAUAGUGCUUGUCAGAGUAAUCAUAUAGAGAUUGUAAAAUUAUUACUGGAUAAAAAGGCAGACACUAACAAGUGUACAGAUAAUGAAACGUCUCCUUUUUUCAUUGCUUGUCAGAAUAAUAAUAAUAUUGAAGUAACAGUUAAGUUUUUACUAGACAACAAGGCAGACAUAAAUAAGUGUACACAUGAAGAUGCAUCUCCGUUGUUACUUGCUUGUCAGAAAAAUCAUAUAGAAGUAGUAAAGGUAUUACUGGAUAAUAAAGCAGACAUUAAUAAAUGUUGGGUUAAUGGAGAAUCUCCUUUGUACAUGGCUUGUGAAAAUAAUCAUAUAGAGGCCGUGAAGUUAUUACUAGACAAUAAGGCAGACAUAAAUCAGUGUAGAGAUGAUGGAGUGUCACCUUUAUAUAUUGCUUGCACUAAAAAUCAUGUUGAGGUAGUAACGGAGUUAAUUCAUUACAAUGCGGACAUAAAUAAGUGUAAGGAUACUGGAGAAUCUCCUUUGUAUAUUGCGUGCGAGGCUAAUCAUAUAAAAAUCGUCAAGCUAUUACUGAGUAACAAUGCAGACAUUAAUAAGUGCAGAUAUAAAAUACCAUCUCCUUUGUCGUGUUUGUAUAUUGCUUGUCAAAAUAAUCAUAUAGAAACAGUAAAGAUAUUACUGGACAACAAUGCAGACAUAAAUGAGCAUUUGGAUGGUGGAAUAUCUUCUUUGUACAUUGCUUGUCAAAGUAAUCAUAUAGAGUUAGUUAAAACAUUAUUAGACAACAAGGCAGACAUUAAUAUGUGUACAGAUACUGGAGCAUCUGCUUUGUAUAUUGCUUGUCAGGUUAAUCACAUAGAGAUAGUAAAGGUAUUACUGGACAAUAAUGCAGACAUAAAUAAGUGUUGUAAUGAUGGAACAUCUGUUUUAUAUUUUCCUUGUGCGAAAAACCACAUUGAGACGGUAAAGUUAUUACUUGACCAUAAGGCAGACAUUAAUAAAUGUACAUCUGAUGGAGGAUCUCCUUUGCUUUAUGCUUGUGGGAAAAAUCAUUUAGAGAUGGUGAAAUUAUUACUUGACAGAAAAGCAGACAUUAAUAAGUGUAGAAAUGAUGGAGCAUCUCCUUUGCAUUUUGCUUGUAUGAAUAAUCAUAUAGAAAUAGUUAAGGUAUUACUGGACAACAAAGCAGACAUAAAUACGUGUAUAGAUAGUGGGGAAACUGCUUUGUAUUUAGCUUGUGGGAAUAAUCAUAUAGAGAUAGUAAAGGUAUUACUUGAGAACAAGGCAGACAUUAAUAUGUGCACAUACUUUUAUGAAAAAUCUCCCUUGAUUGUUGCAUGUCAGAACAAUCAUAUAGAGACAGUAAAGGUUUUAAUUGAUUUCAAUGCAGAUAUUAAUCAAUGUGCACUAAGUGGUUUAUCCCCUUUGUAUAUUGCUUGUCAGAACAAUCAUAUAGAGACCGUAAAGUUAUUAGUGGACAACAAUGUAGAUAUAGAUAAGUGUACAGAUGAAGGAGGUUUUCCUUUGUUCAUUGCUUGUCAGAUGAAUCAUUUUGAAGUAGUAAAGGUUUUAUUGGAUAAAAAAGCAGACAUUAAUAAGUGUUGGCAUAAUGGUAUAUCUCCUUUGUGUAUUGCGUGUGCGAAAAAUAGUAAGGAGACGGUAAAAGUGUUACUGGACAACAAGGCAGACAUCAAUAAAUGCAGAGAUGAUGGUGCAACCCCUUUGCAUUUUGCUUGUGUGCUUAAUUAUAUAGAGAUAGUCAAGGAUUUACUUGACAACAAAGCAGACAUAAAUAAGUGUUCAGUUGAUGGAAGAUCGACUUUGUUUGUUGCUUGUCAAAAUAAUUAUAUACAGAUGGUAAAGUUACUACUGGACAACAAUGCGGACAUUGAUAAGUGUACAGACAAAGGCGAAUCUCCUUUGUUGAUUGCUCGUCAAUAUCAUCAUAAUGAGAUACUACAGUUACUGCAAGAUAAGAAGGGAAUCGAGGUUAUCUAUGACAGAAGUAAUUAUUGUUGA